UAUAAAGACCGAAACGACUCCAAGUUCAUCAUCAGUAGAUCUGAAGAAAUUCAUUCAUACCACAAUGAAGACCCUGGUUUUUGUGUUAGCUCUUUCUGGAAUUGCUCUUUCAAUUCCACUACCAGAAAACCAAAAAUAUGGCAAGAAUACUUCUCCAGAAGAACCAAUUCCAAUUGUAAGCCAAUUAACCGACAGCGGCUUCGAUGGAACCUUCACCAAUAAUUUUGAAACCGGAAAUGGCAUCACCGUAGAACAAAGUGCCGUGUUGAAAACGAUUCCAGAUCAAGUGGAUGAUAAAAUUGAGAAGCAAGUUCAAGAAGUAAUUGGGUCUUAUAGUUAUACAGCCCCUGAUGGUACACCGGUUAAAAUCGAAUACAUUGCGAACGAAAAUGGUUUUCAAGCGCAAGGAGAUGUUCUUCCGAUUCCUCCACAACCAUCUCCAAUCAUUGCUCGUGCACUGAAAUUCAUUGAAGAACAUAAACCCACCGAAGAUGAGUAAUGUUCAAAAGUUGCGUAAAUAUUUUUGAUUAAUUCAUGUUUUAUAUUUUAAACAAAAAUAAUAAAGAAUUAUCUUAAUACAU